AUGGCAACCGACGCUCUUAUCACAUUCAAGGCUGGACAGUGCGACAUCAACGGCAAGAAGGUCAAGCCUGAUGCUACUCCCGGCUAUCUCUACCUGUACGAGGAAGAUGAGCUCGUGCACUUCUGCUGGCGCCAACGUUCCGCCCCUCCCACAAGCCCAGAGCUCGACCUGAUCAUGUUCCCUGGUGAUGCUACUUUCACUCCAUACACUGGCACCACUUCAUCGGCCGACACAAAAUCACCCACCAAUGGCCGUAUCUACAUGCUCAAGUUCUCAUCAUCCUCGCAACGCCACUUCUUCUGGCUCCAGUCCAAAUCACAACACCCUGGUGGCGACGUAAGCGUGUUCAGCUCAAGAGACAAGCGCUAUGGCGAAAUCAUCAACAACAUCUUGGCUGGAGAAGAAGUCGAUGUCGGUUACGAGGUUCAGCGCCUGAGGGACGACGACGAGGGCGGCGACGAUGUUGACAUGGAGGACGCACAACCCGAACACCACAGGCAGGGCAGCGGCGGCGCUGGUGCUGACGCCACUGGUGGAGAUCCCACCGUUGAGGGUGAAGCCAGCCGUGAGGCUGGAGCCGAUGGCGGUAGAGCUGCUCCUCCCAGCGACGCAAACGAUGCUGUCCAAAACUUCCUCAGAUCCCUGCAAGGUUCCUCGAUCGGCACUCGACAACAGCCGCAACAGCAACAAUCUUCCUACGACCGACCAUACACCACCCUCUCCGAACUUCUCUCCACCAACACUACCAUCCCUUGGCUGUCAUCAACUUCACCAGAGCAGAUUGACGCACUUUGCAUGCAUUUACCUCCUUCGCUGUUCCUCCUGGCCCAGGAGACUGCUGCAUCCACUUCCUCUGCUGAGCCCAGUGAGGCAACCACACGCGCCGCCAUCGAAGCAAUGGCUACAGAGCAGAAGCGCGAGUUGUUGCAGCGUGUCCUUCGCUCACCUCAAUUGAACCAGAGUCUGGGAAGCUUGACAUUUGCAUUGAGAGACGGCGGUCUUCCCAUGGUAUCAGAAGCUCUUGGUGUCAAGGUUCAGAACGGUGGUAUGGUCAAGCAUGGUAGUGUGCCUCUUGGUGGCGGUGAAGCUGUGGAGGCCUUUGUUGAGGGUGUCAAGAAGGGUGUUCAGGACAAGAAGUUGACCUGA